AUGGAUAUCGAUGCUCAUAAUGCAGAGAUCAACGAACUAAAUGAUGCUAAGAUUUAAUAAAUCAAGGCAUAACGAAAACUAUUUGGGGGAAUCAUUAAAAAAGGGGAUCCCCUAUAUAAAAACAUCAUUAAUGUGAUUUUGUUUGCUUUACUUUUCCCUUGCAUGAUUAUUUAUGAAUUAGUAAUCGGAAUAAAAAAUUUACUCAUUUACACUUGGGAAUCUCUUAUUUCCAUAAUACAUUUCAUUGCUCAAACAUACAAAAGCACAAAGUAAUAUAUUAUUGUUAAUUAUUAUUUUGUAAAAAAUUGGAUAUAUUAGAAAAGCGUGCUAUUAAUCGAAAAGUUGAAGGCUGUUCUAAGAAUAUGUUCACAAUACAUUGCUAAAAAAUGGUAAUAGGUGGUACUAUUUAUCGCGAAGUAUUUUUUGAUAUUUAUUGACAACUAUCUUUUCGUCCUAUAUAAAUGGGUAGCUAAGAAAAUCAAAUUUCUAGUUGGCAUUUGCAAAUAUUACUACUAACGAAUAUCAAGUUUUAUUAGAAGACAGAUUAAACAAUUAAUAAAGUUUACAAUAGCUAAAAUUAAAUAUAUCCUUAACAGAACAAAAUAACUAAUAUUAAUUAUCUACAAAGCCAUUAAACGAUUAACAUUAUAUCUUAAAGAAAAGAUCACAUUGUUAAUAAAUUAUUUGGAGUAGUAAAUUACAAAGGCUUCACACUUCUUUUAUGAGCGUGCGAUCAUACCACUAUAGAACAAAAUUGUUUAAUUCAGCUACUACUUGUAGGAUUAAUUUACUCUUGCAAUGGUCAAAUUAAAAAGUGCAUUGACUCAUUAUGUUCCUAUAAUCUUAUACUAUAUCAAAGUUAAAUAUUUGCAAUUUUAGAAUUGGAUCUUUGUUUAGAUUCAAUUAUUAGGAAGAGGAAUGAAGUAUGUCAAAAAUAGAUUAAUCCACUAUUCCCUUCUCUUAAUCGAUUACCUUCUUGGAAAGUACAAGUAACUAAAACAAAAUGUAAUCUCGCCUUUCAAUCUCAAAGUAAAAGAAGUUUUGAAAAAGAUUAAAAGAUCAGUAAUUGAUAUCUCAUUGAAGGCGAUCGAUCUCAUUAAGGCGGCCUUAUUGUUCUUGAGAGAUGAUGUCAUUGUAAAAACAAAAGUAAAAAUAAUGGAAUACUAUAGAAGUGGAUAAAAAGUAUCAAUUCAAGUAUUUAAGAUACUUUAGAAUAAAGGAAGAAAGCUCACCCUGAAAUUAAAAUUAAUCUAUAGUAAAAUGAGGGAGAACAGUGCAAAAAGAUAUGAGAAAUUCCGUAUUAUAAUGUAGAAACUAAAGGAUAAGUUGAAAAUAUUAGCUACUAUUAUAUAUUAAAAAGCUAAAACCUUAUAUGAGAAAAUAAAGAUCAUUACAAAUUACAUUAUCUUAAAAAUCAAGGCAGCCUUUGAAUUCAUCAAAAGAAUAAUAAAAUUAACAGGAUAGUCAAUUAAAAAUUGCGUACUUUUGAUGGUUAGGUUAAUUAAGAAAUCAAUAAAAUGGUCAAUAGAAUAACAAUGUAAGAUUCUUGUAAAAUUUAUAUUGGUCUUUAGAAUAUUCAUCCCAAUUAUAUGGCUUACAGAGAAAAUUCUCGAUAUAAUGUUUGUCAUUCUAUCAUACCCAUAUUUGUUAUUUAACAAAGUAUUUGAAAUAGGAAUUGAUUUCUUUAUAUAUCGAAUCCCUAAUAAAUUGUAUAGUUGGAUUGCUUACAUAAUUGAGAAAUUCAUACAAUUACUCAUAAAAAUCGAAAGACUCCUAGAACUGAUUUUUAAGUAAGCUAAGAAAAUAGCUUCAAUAAUAAAUUCCAAACUCAUCACCCCAGUUCUUAGAUUUAUUAUGGGCUGCUAUAAAGUCAUUAAAAAGGCAGUCCUAGCCAUUGUCUAAUCGCUGAUAAAUUUCAAAGAUAUGAUGAAAUACAAUUAUGUAUUACCUGCUUGGGCAAGCAUAAGACUAUUUGCAGUCAGAGUUAAGAAUAGUUACAUUAAAAUCAAAUAGAAAGUAAUAAGAAUAGUAAAUUAUGGAAUUAAUAAAUUAAAAUAAGCUUGCAUCUUUUUGAAAAACUAGAUUCUUUUUAUUAAAACAAAAAUUACUGAAUUUUUCAAAUAUUUAAUAAAAGUACUCAAGGAGCUAGUUCAAUUAAUUUGGUAGUAGAUUAAAUAUGUGUAUGGCAUCAUGAUUGAUCCUCUUAUCUAGUUUAAGGAUUAUGUCGUCUAAGUAUUCAUAUCCUUAAAAAAUACUAUUGUUAAUUAUAUGCAAUUUUUGAGAGGAGUGAUAGUGGCUCAAUGCAUAGUAGUGAAAGAGGCAGCAUAGGCUUUAUAAAUUAAAAUGAUAGGAAUCUUAAAUCAAAUUAAGUAAUCAAUAAUUGAGUAGUUCUAAGCUGUGAAUGCAAUACUUUAAAACAUUUAUGGUUCAAUAAAGCAAUAACUUAUUUAAAUUAAAAUUUAGAUUGCUUAAUAAAUGCAAUAAGUUAAGCAAAGUCUUAUUCAAUAGAAGAAUGCAAUUGCAGAACAAUUUAAAAUUGUUGGGCAGAGUAUUAGAAUGCAAGGAGUUUAAGUAAAGUAGAGCAUUAUCACAUUUAAAAAUGAUAUGAAAUAGACAAUUUAAGCGAUGUUUAAAAGAAAUUGA